AAGGGAGGAGAGAGAGAGAGAUGGACAGAUGGAAGAAAAAGAGAAACGGAAUGCUCAGACUAUCAGUCUGCUGGAGGAGAGACUGCAGGAGAUGGAGAGAGAGAGGGAUGGACUGAGAGAACGACUGAAAGACGUGCAGACUGAAUUAAAGGACAACGCUUCACCCACAUCCCAGAGCCCCACUCACUCCAAACGAGGCUCCUCCCCAGAGACUGUGGCAGCCCUAAGGGCCUCUUUGACCCGCGCUCGACAGGAAGUGGUUUCUCGUGAUGACAUCAUUGCUGCGUUGAGUCGUGACCUAUCACAGGCCCACGCUCGGAUGAGUGACAUGACAGGAGAGUUGAGUGAGGAGCAGAAGGCUGAGCUGGAGAGGUACAGGGUGUUGGUGGUGGAGCAGCGAGUUGAACUGAGCGCGCUCACACAGAGACUGGCCAUGAUGUCACAGCUGGUGGAGCAGAAGGACAAAGAGCUGAAGGAGAUCACACACACACUCAGACAGAGCAUGGAGGACAAACAGAAGGAGAGAGUGAAGGAGCUGGAAUAUCCCUCACUGGAGCUGAGCAGUCACAAUCCAAAGCACACUCAGGAAGUGGCAGUGAGUGACCUCUCACAGCAGGGGUUAAAGUGCAGAGGUCAUCGGCAUGAGGAAGUGAUGCGUCUUCAACAGGAAGCCCUCAGUGAGCUGCGGAGUCGCAUGAGAGCACUGGAGCUCAACUGGCCAAUCAAGCUGCUUUCUCAGCAUCAGGACCCCCCUCAGAAGAAGUCGUCCAUGCACAACUCCCAGAAGGCAGUGGGGCAGCAGAGAAUGAUUGCCUCCAUGUGCGGGUUCCCUCUCUCCUCUGCUGUUCUGAGCGAGGCCAGUUUGGAGCGGACAGCCAGACUGGACAUGACAGACGCUCUGGAGCUUAGUGAACACACGUACCUGGACCUGGCGCGGGCCCUGUGUGAGGCUCUGGAGCUGAGUGAGGGGCAGCUGCCGGGCUGUGCCCCCCUACGGCACCUCUCUCCUGGGGAGCGCGAGCGACUGGCCUCCCUGAGGGACCGAGACCUGGAGCUCCUGCGCUCACGCCUCGCACUCACCAACAGCCAGGGACAACGCACACUGCUGCAGCUACAGGAGACGCAGAGAGAGCUGCACACACUCAGGGCGGGCCAGGCUGAAACGCUGCAGCUGAGGUCCCGUCUGGAGAGUGUGUGUGUGGAGCUGCAGAGAGAACGGGAGGAGACGGCUCUGCUGAGAGAGGCGCUGGAGCGCACACACACACACGCACACACACACACACGCCUGGAGCACACACACUCGCAGAGCAGACAGCGCAGCGCAAAACAGUCCAGCGCACAACAAAAGGCAGUGUGUGUUGGCAGACAGGAGAGGAGGAGAGUACCACAUAACUGUUGGCAGAAAGCAGAACAUGAGGAGAAGUUGUCUGUAGAGCGCAGUAGUCUCCAGGAGAAGCUGCGGAAGAGAGACUACGAGGUGGAGACACUCAAGAAGCACCUGCGAGAGAGAGAGGAGGAGCUUACACGUGUGACAUCACAACUUACCUGUAUGACAUCACCGGCACCCCCAUCUGAGGCCACACCCACAGGAACAGAUCACUGAGAAGGCAGAGGAUAGGGUGUGUGUGUGUGCAGGGCCAGUAAGGAACACUUAAUUUGACUGAGAACUGACCAUUUCUACUGUGUGUGUGUGUGUGUGUGUGUGUGUGUGUGUGUGUGUGUGUGUGUGUGUGUGUGUGUGUGUGUGUGUGUGUGUGUGUGUGUGUGUGUGUGUGUGUGUAUGUGUGUGUGCUACAGGCCUGCAGUGCUGUAUAAGGUGUUGAUCCAGCAGCCUGGUUCAGUAAGAAGUGUCCCUCACAGGUGACCCAGACUCUCUGAGGCAGCUUAAGGGUCAACCCCCCCCCCCCCCCCCCCUUCAGUGUGUUAAAGCAGGACCUGUGGUGUGUGUGGGGUGUGUUAAGCCACAGUUACAUAAACACUAGCACAGCUAUGCCUACACACACACACACACACACGCGCACGCACGCACGCACGCACGCACGCACGCACACACACACACACAC